AUGGUGAUGGCUGGUAACAAGUCCGACGGUAGUCCAUGCCUCUUAAUAAGUAGACGAGUGUCUCCUUGGAGAAGCUGGGCUACCGUCAAGCGAGGCCAAGAGGAUGUGAAAGUGGUAAAACUGGCCAAUGGUGUGUCCUCUAGCCAAGUGUCAUACCAGGCACUGAUCGCGCCUCGCCCUACUCGCCAACGAAUAAGGGGCACCAUCUCUAACCAAUGUCGCUGUCAGUCUGCCCAUCGUUUGACUCCUUUGAUGUCAGCCGGCUGUCAAGCCCACUCACCAUAUUUGGUUGACACAAAAGAGCCUAGCACCGAUGGUGUGGUCCUCAUCCUCCAAACGAGUUUCUUUUGAAGCAUGUUGAGUACAUCUUGAGGGCGCCGAAUACCUAGGCCACCCUCAUCCGUAGGUCGACAUGUUUUCUCCCAAGAAACUCGAUGUUGGCGACGAGGUCCCUCAAGUUGUCCAUCCCAAAGGAAGGACGUGCAUAUCCGUCUAAUAGUCUGUAAGACGGUGUCUGGUACCUCAUGGACUGCCAAAAGGUGUAAUGGCAUGCUCAUGAGGACAUGGCGUAUCAACUGAAUCCGUCCUCCAGGGGAUAGAAGCUGUAACUUCCAUCUCGCUAAUUUCUUCCUCAACUUGCCCACUAGGGCGUCAAAAUAGUGUAUGCGCCUACGGCCGAGGAAGAUAGGACAUCCUAGAUAGUCAAAAGGUAAGUGUCCACGAGAGAACCCUGUUAGGCCCUAGAUGCGUCGUAUGGUCCCUAUGGGGGUAAAAGGGCCUACCAUGAAGCUACUCUUCAAGGCAUUUACGAGUUGACCUGCAGCUCGCUCAUACCUCGAGAUAAUACUCAUGAGCCCUCUAAUGGAUGUCUCACAUCCAUUGAGGAAGAGUAUCGCAUCAUCAGCAAAGAGGGAGUGUGAGAUGAUCAGACAACCCCUCUUCGAGUAGUAUGGUUGGAUAAGUCCUUGAUUGAUCACUCGAGUGAGGGAUCGACUGAGGACUUCUUCGACUAAGAUGAAGAGGGUGGGUGAUAGUGGAUUGCCCUGUCAUAGACCUCUCGUGGCCGUGAAGAAUGGUGUAGAGCUACCAUUCACCAAUAAAGAGAAGUGAUUCUCCCUAACACAUGCAUCGACUAAGUCAAUGAAGUCGUCGGUGAACCUAAAGCAUCUAAGAACCUUAAUGAGGAAACUCCACUCUAUCCUAUCAAAGGCCUUCUCCAUGUCUAAUUUGAUGAUGAUGUUGGAGCCUCGACAGUCAUGGCCAAGAGACUGUGCUAGUUCAUGUACUAACAUGAUGUUAUCGUGAAUGUACCGUCCCUUGACAAAUCUGCAUUGCUCUGGAGAUAUAAGUCUAUCAAAGAAACUACUCAAUCUACGUAUAACGAUCUUAGAUACAACUUUAUAACACACAUUACAUAAACUAAUAGGUCGAAAGUCUCUAAAUGAAGUUGGGGUAGUCACCUUCGAUAUGAGUGCAAAGAAGGUGGUCUUCCAACUUCGUGUAAAGACUUUAUGACGAAAGAUUUCCUUGAUAGCCUUAAUGAGAUCAGUGCCAACGAUAUCCCAACAUGAAACAUAAAAAUCAACUGGGAAACCAUCGGGCCCGGGUGCAUAAUGUCUGCUCAUAGAGAAAACUACUUCCUUGAUCUCUUCUCCCGUGGGUAUGGCCGUCGUGAGAGAGCUCUCAUGGUGAGUGGCUAAUGAUGGGAUCAAAGUGAGCAUAUCAUCAGAAAUCUUGAUCGGCUGAGAGGUUAAGAGAGUACAAAAGUACUCAACCCCUGCCUCCUGCAUGCGGGAAAGGUCCUGAUCAUAUGUCUCUAAAAGGGAGGUAUAAUCUGAACGUGAGCGGUGAGCGACCGAUGUAUGAAAGAAACGAGUGUUUCUAUCACCCUCUUGUAACCACUGGAUGCGUGAUUUUUGGAGAUAGAAUAACUCCUGUUGUCGCACAACCUCAUCAAGUUGGUCUCUCACUCUACUCCUCCUUUCCCAAGCAGCAUCUGAAUAUCUAGCUUGCAGUAGUCUUUCAACUUUUGCUAACUCUUUUUGCAGUGCAUCAACCUGGGUAUGGACAUUCCCAUAGAUAUGUCGGUUCCACCAUUUAAGGUGGAGUUUGAGAUUCCUUAACCUAUAGCUAAGGUUCUCCAUAGGAGAAUCUGAGAUAUGUCCAUACCAGUGAUUCCGUACGAAACUCUGAAAGUCUUCAUGUUGAAGCCACAUGAUCUGAAAUCUGAAGGGAGGUCUGUGGGUACUCAAAUUCUUUUUAGGGACUAUGAGGAUCGGGGUGUGAUCUGACCUAUAACGGGGUAAUAUCGUGACUAAUAUGGGAUGUCGCAUCAUGGCGAUGCUGUUGAUGAAACAGCGAUCGAUAUGCUCAUAAAUCAAAGCGUCCCCUCGAUUGUUGUUCUAUGUUCAUGCCUCGCCUGAUGUAGGUGGUUCAAUAAGAGCUAAUCAAAAAAUACAAUCAUUGAACGUCUCCAUAUUACGGGCCCUAGGGAUCCGCCCACCUUGACAUUCACUAAUAUUACGAACACAGUUUAAGUCACCUGCUAGGUACCAAGGAGACUCAACUAGUGUAGGGUAGUCCCUCACGUACUGAACUAGGUCCGCCCAAAGAGUUUCCCUUUCUUUGGAUCUAUGUGAUGCAUAGAUGACCGAGAAGGUGAACUCUUGGGUGAGAUCUCGAACCGUCAUAGUGAUAUGCUAGGAUCCCUCAACUAGCAACUCCAUAGAGUAUGGUCUAGUCCAAAAGAGCCAAAUAUGAUUCGUGGGGUUGGAGUGAAAAUGAUCCAUACUUAAUCGCCUAAGUAAAGGUUGGAUACGAUAUGAUGAUAUCAUAGGCUCGAUGAGGCCUACUAUACCUAGUCGAUACUGCUUGAUAAGGCUAGCUAUAUAGAAUUGGGUUUCGAGGUUACCUAUACCUCGACAAUUCCAUAUGAUGCUAGGUAUCAUGAUCUAAUGAGUGGCCCCACGAGUCCUAGAUCUCGUGGAGUAAGGUGAGCAUCUAGUGAGUCGUGUGGUCCUAGCCUCCGUCUGAUAUCCCUCAUUUAGGUAGGUAGUCUCAAUGUCAGUCUUAAAUCCACCAUCCUCAUGGGUACUAGUCGUGUGGCCACUAGUAUCAUGAGCACUAGAUGAGGAGGAUGGGUGCAGUGCUUGACGAUUCGUCAAGCACUGUCCUCUAUCGGGGCUCUCUCUAGAAUCAGCGGGUGGUGGAUCAAGUAUAGGGAACUGAUCUGGCGGGUGUAGUGGGGGAGAGGGGGGGAGGGUAUAAGAAUCAGAACGGGGGGCUACGUAAGAUGUACUAAUAGGAAGUGUGCUGGGGGUAGGCCCUCCUAGUAGAUCCUCGACGGGGAUUUGAGGGGGAUGGGUAGUGCCCAAGCUGAUACCCUCAGAGAAAGGGGUAGACCUCGGUCGGUCGGGACUAAGAGGUGAAGGGCUCCUACUAUGUGGGGAAGAGUGAAUGAGCGAGGAGGAGCUAGGUGGUGGAGAGACACUAAUGGGUGGAGUGGGGUGGGUGAGUAUGGGGGGUCGGAUAGCUUGGGGGGAUCUAGUAUGUGGAGCUUGACUAGGUGAGUCCUUUGUAGUGGGGGAUGCUAACCCUUUGGAAGGCCUAGUUCCCCUCUAUGCAAGUCCCUCAAAGUCUCUCUCAUCUAAAGCCUCUAAGACCUCAAAGGUGUUUGAGGUUAGGGGUUUCUUUCCCUUGCCUAAAGGGGAAUGUGUAGCCUCUUGUGUUCCUUUCUUCCCCCCUGUGUGGAUGGAAGAAGGGCGUCUAGCUGCCGGCUUUCGCCGUGCAUGCUGUGUCUCAAUCAAUGAACUAGGCUUCUCCUGUGCCUUCCGAGGUAAGGAAGGUGGAGCCGCCAUAGGGGCAAUCGACCUCUGAGGAUGACGAGCACUCUGACCAUCCUUUCUCAUUUCGACGAGAUAAUCGUCAUAUAAGAUCGGUACUAAAAAGGCUCGUGUGGUUGCUUGUGGUGUACCUACCUUCUGACGACAUGUGCAGAAAUAUGAUAAUCUCUCGUAAAUAAUAGGUUGAUAAAGUUCAUCAUCUCCACUACGUAUAACGAGAGUCGUCUGUAGAGGGGUGAUAAGUCUUCAUUAUCAUGAGUUAAUAAUUAGUAAAUAAUAUAGUUUUAGCCUUAACUCAUGAUAAAUAGACUUAUAUUUGUGUUAAAGAAUGAUUUUUGGUUUUUAAUUGAUUAACGUGAAUUUUUGGGUAAUUAUGUGAUUUUAUACGAUUUUUACAGUCUUACUUUUGAGAUAAAUGAAGAACAAGAAAUAAAAAUAAAAAUAUUGCAAAAAUGGGGGAGGACCCGCUGAUAAGUCUUCAUUAUCAUGAGUUAAUAAUUAGUAAAUAAUAUAGUUUUAGCCUUAACUCAUGAUAAAUAGACUUAUAUUUGUGUUAAAGCAUGAAAAGUGGUUUUCAGUUGAUUAACGUGAAUUUUUGGGUAAUUAUGUGAUUUUAUACGAUUUUUACAGUCUUAGUUUUGAGAUAAACGAAGAACAAGAAAUAAAAAUAAAAAUAUUGCAAAAUGGGGAGACCUGCCGGCCAGCCGAGCCCGCAAGCGGGUCGGAAGCGCAGUCGGGGAGUAGCCGCAAGCAGGGGCUCGAGCGGCUUGCUUGGAUCGAUAGGGGCACGUGUGCGCCACUCCCCUUCCACGUCACCGGUGCUCAGCCGGCUGUGGGGCAAGGAGUGGUCGUACACGCGAGAGGAUUUUGCCUAUAAAUACUAUAUAUUCGCCCAAAUAAUUCGCGCACAACCGAUGUGGGACUAAACCCGCGUCACACCUUGUUCAGGGGCGGGCGACCGCCGCGGGUUCGAAUCCUCCCAGAGUCAAAAUUCAUAUAUUUUUAACUGAUUAUCGCGACUUUCCUGCAGAUCGCCGGUGAAGGAUUAAGCAACCGGAAUCGCUGGAUCAUCGGCGAAAAUCUCGUCAACGCGAUUCGCGGAGCAUUGCUACUAAAAUUUCUGAACGAUUCGCGAUAAAAGGAUCGCAAUCCAUCGAGUAAAUCAUCUCCGAUUGAUCGACGAACAAGCCGUCGUCGGGAAGAGGACGAUCCGCCGGGAGACCAGUCGCCACCUCCUGAGAGCGUACCAGAUGCGAUGAAGAGCCUCCUCUUGCUGCGCGGACCUGAGGAUGAAGCUCCCUAACACGCGCCUCACCUCCAUCCAGCCCCUCUCCGUCGGGUGACAGCCGCCGGAGAGCCGCAAAGUCGCCGUUUUUCCGCUCCGCCGGGUGACAGCCGCCGGAGACGAUUCGACGACCCACUUCAUUGGUCUCUAGACUUCGCGAGAAGAUCUAGAGAUUGCCCACGUCGUCUUUGUCCAAGGAGAGCCUUCGAGGCCGUGGACACUGCACGACGACCCUCCCGAACGCUCAGGAUUCCGGUGCAUCGCCGACGCGUCGCCGUCGCGACGCCGGAACUCUGUUUUCCUGCUUUAUCUAGAGAUUGCCCACGUCGUCUUUGUCCAAGGAGAGCCUUCGAGGCCGUGGACACUGCACGACGAUCCUCCCGAACGCUCAGGAUUCCGGUGCAUCGCCGACGCAUCGCCGUCGCGACGCCGGAACUCUGUUUUCCUGCUUUCAAUUUAAUUUACGCUUCAUUUAGUGAUACUUUGUUGAUUUUUAUUUACCAAACUAUACUUCGUUCAAUUACGAUUCUUCCGGCUUUUACAGAUCUUAAUUUGAUUAAUUGAGUCGUCUGUAAUCGCCUACGUAAGAAUCGCCGGGCGGAACUCUGUUUCCGCCUGAUUCGCGUUCGCCGGGCGCUGACGUCAUCCUGACGUCCGCACCCUUAUUUCCUUUUUUUUUGUGAAUUUUAAAUAUAUUUCCUUUUUAUUUCCUAGUAUAAAAUUCGUAAGAAAAUCUUACUCAUUGAGAAAAAUUCUGAAUAAUUACCAGAUAUUAUAUUACAUCCCUGUGAUCGACCUGGAAAAUUACCACUAUUUUUGGGAUUUGUAUUGAAUUAUAAUUGAUAUAUUUAUUUUGAAAUACUUCUAAAUAUCCGAAAAUUCGUAUUUUCUAGUUUUAUAAAUUUUAUAUUUGCGUGAUUUAACAUACAACGACUGAGUCACGUCACCUGCCAGCCAGUUGUGCCCGCAAGUAGGUCGGAAGCACAGUCGGGGAGUAAGCCACGAGCAGGGGCUCGAGCGGCUUAGCUUGGGGACCGACAGGCACGCGUACGCCACUCCCCUUCCACGUCACCAGUGGCCAGCCGACUGUGGGGCAAGGAGUGGUCGUACACGCGAGAGAAGAGACUUUGCUCACAAAUCUAACAUUACUAUAUAUUCGCCCGAAAACUCGGCGUACAACCGAUGUGGGACUAAACCCACACCUUCCUCAGAAGAGGCGGGGGCGACCGGCGCGGGUUCGAAUCCUCCCAGAGUCAAAAUUCAUAUAUUUUUAUCUGAUUAUCGCGACUUUCCUGUAGAUCGCCGGUGAAGGAUUAAGCAACGAGAAUCGCUAGAUCAUUGGCGAAAAUCUCGUCAACAUGAUUCGCGGAGCAUUGCUACUAAAAUUGCUGAAUGAUUCGCGAUAAAAGGAUCGCGAAUCCAUCGAGUAAAUCAUCUCCGAUUGAUCAACGAACAAGCCGUCGUCGGGAAGAGAAUGAUCUGCCGGGAGACCAGUCGCCACCUCCUGAGAGCGUACCAGAUGCGAUGAAGAGCCUCCUCUUGCUGCGCGGACCUGAGGAUGAAGCUCCCUGACACGCACCCCACCUCCAUCCAGCUCCUCUCCGUCGGGUGACAGCCGCCGGAGAGCCGCAAAGUCGCCGUUUUUCCGCUCCGCCGGGUGACAGCCGUCAGAGACGAUUCGACGACCCACUUCAUUGAUCUCUAGACUUCGCGAGAAUAUCUAGAGAUUGCCCACGUCGUCUUUGUCUAAGGAGAGCCUUCGAGGUCGUGGACACUGCACAACGAUCCUCCCGAACGCUCAGGAUUCCGGUGCAUCGCCGACGCAUCGCCGUCGCGACGCCGGAACUCUGUUUUCCUGCUUUCAAUUUAAUUUACGCUUUAUUUAGUGAUACUUUGUGUGAUUUUAAUUUACCAAACUAUACUUCGUUAAAUUACGAUUCUUCCAACUUUUACAGAUCUUAAUUUGAUUAAUUAAGUCGUCUGUAAUCGCUUACGUAAGAAUCACCGGGCGGAACUCUGUUUCUGCCUGAUUCGCGUUCGCCGGGCGCUGACAUCAUCCCGACGCCCGCACCCUUAUUUCCUCUUUUUUUCGAGAAUUUUAAAUAUAUUUUCUUUUUAUUUCCUAGUAUAAAAUUCGUAAGAAAAUUGUAUUCAUUGAGAAAAAUUCUGAAUAAUUACCAAAUAUUAUAUUACAUCCCUGUGAUCGACCUGGAAAAUUACCACUAUUUUCGAAAUUUUUAUUGAAUUAUAAUUGAUAUAUUUAUUUUGAAAUACUUCUAAAUAUCUGAAAAUUCGUAUUUUCUAGUUUUAUAAAUUUUAUAUUUGCGUGAUUUAACAUACAACGACUGAGUCACAUCAAGGGGCCAUUAGGUCCACCUCUAUACAAACUCGUGCAUAUCCUGGCCGGUUGAACAUUUUUAUGCCUGGGUCAAGGCAUAUGAAUGUUCCCACCGCAUUUGCCAAAGACUCAAGUGCCUUUGGCAUAAAUAAAUGGGUAGGUAGGCCAGGGAAGCCCACCCAUAAUGGAAUCGCAUGGGAUUGAUGUGCUUGGUGCCCUAUGUUGGUCUGUGGUGUCCAUCUGUGGGUAUGGAGGGUAGACUCCCCCAUUGUCCAAGUGCGUCGGCUCCAUGCUCGACGAUAAUCUGUUUCUAGCUCAAAGCGGAUGUAUAUGCUACGAUAGUCUCGAGCUCCGAUGGAGACUCGGCCAUGGAAAUUUCCAGGUGCCAAGUAAAUCUUCUCUAUGUCACCUAUAGUUGGUCGUUUCACUACGAAACGACCAACUAAGGUAUAUUGGAAUGUGGCUGCCAUCUGGGAAACCUCCUCAUAAGUAAAAGCUAUUGUCCUCCUCCCAUCAUCCUCGCUAUAGCUUCGCAUUGGGACAGUGGUAUCAUAGAAUGGGAAUAGUACCUGACGCAGCGGUUCUUGUGGUGUGACAGUCUCUAUGGAGGGGGUAGAGGGUCCAGACACUCGUUGCGCCCAUGAUAGGUGUCCAGUGGGCAUAGUCGGGUUUGACCUAUGGGGCAUAGUAGAGUCUAGCCCACUAGGUGUAGAUAUGGUGUGCCCAAGGGAUGUGUUUGGGGCCAAUAUAGAGGUCUCAACUAGUGUUGGGAUCCUAGUUGGUUCGAGGGGCUCAAUUUGAGAGAGCCUAAGGGCCCCUAUAGGUAGAGGUAAAACCGGCUCAAUCUGUUGACUCGGGGUAGGCCUAGAGGACGUGGUCGAGGGUGGACGUAAAAGUCGGCGUCCUAUCUUCUUUUUGGGCCGCAGGCUCUUGCCCCUUACCUGGGCAAGAGCUUGGACCGGUGCAGCCUGAGCCGGCUGCUCAGGCUCGGCCUGGGCCACCUGGGCUUGGGCCGGUGCGUCCUGAGCCGGCGCAGCCUCGAUGGGCUGGGCCGGCAUGGCCUGGGCUAAAGUGGCCUCAGAUGGCACUACCUGGGCCGGCUCAGCUCUAGCCACCUUGCCAGAGGCUCGCACGGGCCGCGCCUAUACAGUGCCAGCUGAGCGGGGCUCGGCCCGUGAUGGCGAGCCAUCGUCCGCAGUGUCUGACGUUGAUGACGUCAGUAGCGUCCCAGCCGAGGCAUCGGCAAUCGCAAAAGGUUGCGGUGCCUUUAUGGCCACGUGAUCCCCUCCGUUGAUCUCAAGAUCAACAGUUGGAUCAAGUUGGCCGUUAUGGCCGUGACCGUCCGAGGGCGGAGCCUUGGUAACGGCUGUUGAGGCCUUUAUAGCCGGCUGAUUCUGACCAUUGAUCAUACGAUCAAUGGUUGGAUCAGAGGGGGCCUCUUCGCCUGCCGUCGCCUCGUUCCCGGAGGGAGUGUGGACGGUGUCGACUGUUGUCCCCUCCGAUUCCGGCCUCGGGAAGAUGCCAGUUGAUGUCGAAUCACGGACGUCCGUGGUUUGACCGUUCAGCUCAUUUACAGCCGUCUCCUUGGUCACAUCAACCGGCGGAGAGAGAAGGCGAGGACAGGAGGCCGUUACUGCCAUAUGUCGGCCUUCUGUUCGCUCGCAUUCGUCAGGCGAGUUUUCAUCUAGGCGACGGAGGUCACCCGAUGAAAUCUGUGAGCUACUCAUCAGCUAAGCAUCAAAUAAAAAUGAUAUAGAAGAGAAAAUGGUAAACGAGGCAAAUACGAUUCUAUUGAACUAAAAAUAAUGAAAUUUCACCCAGUCAAUAGAAAGAUAUUACCUUUGGAGUGAAAACUCCGGAAGUUUACCUUCGCGAUGAGGAAAUUGCGAAACAAAGGCUUUAAUCCAGCAUUUUCGAUGCGUAAUAGCUCGAAACCGAUAGUUUUUGGCCUUCCGAAUCGAAUGGAAAAGGUUUCAGCGCGAUCUGCGGUCACCCUAUAGGUUAGUAUUUAGUAAACCUUGUCAACUUCCUAUCGAGAUUGAACAUAAAACAUAUUAAGCCAUCAAACAGUUGAAUAUGGACAUAGAUGAGUGGGGCAAAGCAAUACUUCUCCAAAUGAGUGAACUUAAAGAGCUAAGGAAUGAAGAUGAAGGCUUACCAUGA